AUGUUCACAUGCAUCAGAAGAAGAAAUGUUCACACGCAUCAGAAGAAGAAAUGUUCACAUGCGUCAGAAGAAGAAAUGUUCACAUGCGUCAGAAGAAGAAAUGUUCACACGCAUCAGAAGAAGAAAUGUUCAUAUGCAUCAGAAGAAGAAAUGUUCGCAUGCAUCAGAAGAAGAAAUGUUCAUAUGCAUCAGAAGAAGAGAUGUUCAUAUGCAUCAGAAGAAGAAAUGUUCACAUGCGUCAGAAGAAGAAAUGUUCACAUGCAUCAGAAGAAGAAAUGUUCACAUGCAUCAGAAGAAGAAAUGCUCAUAUGCAUCAGAAGAAGAAAUGUUCACAUGCAUCAGAAGAAGAAAUGUUCACAUGCAUCAGAAGAAGAAAUGUUCACAUGCAUCAGAAGAAGAAAUGUUCACAUGCAUCAGAAGAAGAAAUGUUCACACGCAUCAGAAGAAGAAAUGUUCACAUGCGUCAGUAGAAGAAAUGUUCAUAUGCAUCAGAAGAAGAAAUGUUCACAUGCAUCAGAAGAAGAAAUGUUCAUAUGCAUCAGUAGAAGAAAUGUUCACAUGCAUCAGAAGAAGAAAUGUUCACAUGCAUCAGUAGAAGAAAUGUUCAUAUGCAUCAGUAGAAGAAAUGUUCACAUGCAUCAGAAGAAGAAAUGUUCACAUGCAUCAGAAGAAGAAAUGUUCACAUGCAUCAGAAGAAGAAAUGUUCACAUGCGUCAGAAGAAGAAAUGUUCACAUGCGUCAGAAGAAGAAAUGUUCACAUGCGUCAGAAGAAGAGAUGUUCACAUACAUCAGAAGAAGAAAUGUUCACAUGCGUCAGAAGAAGAGAUGUUCACAUACAUCAGAAGAAGAAAUGUUCACAUGCAUCAGAAGAAGAAAUGUUCACAUGCAUCAGAAGAAGAAAUGCUCACAUGCAUCAGAAGAAGAAAUGUUCACAUGCAUCAGAAGAAGAAAUGUUCACAUGCAUCAGAAGAAGAAAUGUUCAUAUGCAUCAGAAGAAGAAAUGUUCAUAUGCAUCAGAAGAAGAAAUGUUCACAUGCAUCAGAAGAAGAAAUGUUCACAUGCGUCAGUAGAAGAAAUGUUCACAUGCGUCAGAAGAAGAAAUGUUCAUAUGCAUCAGAAGAAGAAAUGUUCACAUGCAUCAGAAGAAGAAAUGUUCAUAUGCAUCAGAAGAAGAAAUGUUCGCAUGCAUCAGAAGAAGAAAUGUUCAUAUGCAUCAGAAGAAGAAAUGUUCAUAUGCAUCAGAAGAAGAAAUGUUCAUAUGCAUCAGUAGAAGAAAUGUUCAUAUGCAUCAGAAGAAGAGAUGUUCAUAUGCAUCAGAAGAAGAAAUGUUCACAUGCGUCAGUAGAAGAAAUGUUCAUAUGCAUCAGUAGAAGAAAUGUUCAUAUGCAUCAGAAGAAGAAAUGUUCAUAUGCAUCAGUAGAAGAAAUGUUCACAUGCAUCAGAAGAAGAAAUGUUCACAUGCAUCAGAAGAAGAAAUGUUCAUAUGCAUCAGAAGAAGAAAUGUUCAUAUGCAUCAGAAGAAGAAAUGUUCGCAUGCAUCAGAAGAAGAAAUGUUCAUAUGCAUCAGAAGAAGAGAUGUUCACAUGCAUCAGAAUAAGAAAAUCAUCAUGCGUCAAGGACUUGUGA